UGGGUGUACGACAGUAAACAAUGACCAUGUAAGUAACAAGGAGCUACGGUACUUGGACCCAUUGCUUCUGAACUCCUAAGGCCAAGCAUCUCGCCAUGCAGAGUUACGUAUCAGACAACAGAGCCACGGAAUGCAAGUACGUAGCUACAUAUGGCUGCUGAACCAAUAAGGCGGAGACAUAUAGCCACUGCGCAGAAAGCAUGGAGUCGAAACAAGCAUGGAAAAUAGGGAUUAUAUUAUGUGUGCUUGUGAACAUCGUCGUCAUUGGCGUAGCUGUGUAUGUUGUGGCAAUACACCCGGAAGAUCAACAGGCUCUUGCUGCAGAUGAGAAAUUGAAAGCGCUUAUCGACAGCAAGAUAAACGAUGCCCUGAAAGAUACGGAGACAGAUGCACGGGUGUUCGGUGAUCAAAGUGGAGAUAUACUAGACACGAAGUUCCUGAACCUCCUGAAACCAAUGGCUUCGCUUCACGGAUUGCAGCCUUUUCGCUCACUAGACAUUUAUGGUGGAAGGACAACAGUUCGAACUUGGAUAAGAAGAGAUGGUCAGACAAAGUCUCACCUUGUUAAUGGAAUGAAGUACGAACAUGGAAGCAUCAUUGUUCCUGCGAGUGGAAAGUACCGUGUAACUGUCCAUGCUGUGAUGCACUAUGAGGGUACACGGGGAAGGUGUGAAGUCAGCUCACUUGAAGUCGUCCGAUACAACGCAUUAGAACAGAAGCAAGAGGUUGUAUUUCAGGAAAAUCGAACCAUGUGCCUGGACGCCACCGAGUGGUCUACUGAUUACCUCAGUCACAUUGGUGGUCUUGUACAGUUACAUGCUGAAGAUCAGAUAGCUGUCGUUGUAUCAAACAUAUCACUACUAAUGCGAUAUAGAGAUGGCCAUUACUUUGGGGUUGAUUUGAUUUGAAAAGAUGUGGAAUCAAUGCGCAGCAAUCUAAUCGGUUGUUGAAACAUGCAUUGACUCUAACUACCAUGCUCAUGUACCAGAUUUGUCAUUCAAAUGUGGUUUCUUAUGUGCUUUGGGUGUUCGCUAUAUGACAUCUUAACUUUGGUGAUGUAGAAGUAUUCCAUUAAAAGCGAACAUUAUUUUAAUCA